CACCCCACUUCCGGCCUUCUCAACGAGCCGUCAAGCGGGCGGUAUACAUACAGAGUACUCUUUGGGACAAGACCGAACCUCUUCCUUCCGAACGACGAGAGUCUCCAGACAUCACUAACGUAGAAACGGACACCCGGUACAAGAUGCCAUCCAAUGUCAAGGGGCAGAGGACUUUCAUCAUAGGCGUGGGGUGCACGGCGUUCAUUAAGCCUCGGGGUCUGAGGACUACGGAAGAGAUGGGUCUGGAGGCUGCAACAAAGGCCCUCCUUGAUGCUGGUAUCACGUACGACGCCGUCCAAGCCGCCUACGUUGGUUACUGCUAUGGCGACUCGACCGCGGGUCAGCGGGCCUUGUACCAACUUGGAAUGACGGGUAUCCCGAUCACAAACGUCAACAACAACUGUUCGACCGGCAGCACAGCGUUAUACAAUGCCAACACGCUCGUGAAAUCAGGACUGUACGACUGUGCCCUUGCCCUGGGCUUCGAGCGCAUGGCCCGCGGCAGUCUAGGCUCGAAUUUCCCAGACAGAGAACCGCCUACGGCAGUCUUCAACACUGCGUCCAUCGAGCUUGAGGAGACGUUGAGCUCAGGGAAAAAUCAUGGUCCGGGUGCCCCUCGUAUGUUCUCCAACGGCGGUCAGGAGUAUUUUGACAAGUUCGGGGGGAACAUCAACCACCUUGCGCAAAUCGCUAGCAAGAAUCACAAGCACUCCGUCAAUAAUCCGUACUCCCAGUUCCGAGAUGGUUGGUCGGUCGAGCAAGUCCUCGCGGCGCCGAAAAUCACCGAGCAGUUGACCAAGUUCAUGUGUAGUCCUACAUCGGACGGCGGCGCUUGUUGCAUCGUGGCGUCCGAGGACUUUGUCCAUCAGCAUGGCCUGGAGAACCAAGCCAUAGAGAUCGUCAGCCAGGCAUUGACGACCGACGAUCCGUCCACCUUCGAAACUCGCAGCGCUAUGAAUGUCGUUGGCUACACCAUGUCCAAGAACUGCGCCGAUGAAGUGUUUGCCCAGGCCGGGUUCAAGGAUGGCGAAGGCCGUGAUCAAGUCGGCGUCGUUGAGCUGCAUGACUGCUUCGCCGCGAACGAGCUUCUCACAUACGAUGCUCUUGGCCUCUGUGAGCAUGGCCAAGCACACAAGAUGGUGGAACGGGGAGAUAAUACGUACGGAGGCAAGUACGUAAUCAAUCCAAGCGGUGGAUUGGAAGCGAAGGGCCACCCUUUGGGCGCCACAGGUCUCGGCAUGCACUUCUACAUUACCAUGCAACUCCGCCAAUGGGCUGGUCCGAUGCAGGCACCCGGCCUGUUCGACGUUUCAGACAAGCGUGGCAAGUUCGGACUUAUUCACAACAUCGGGUUGGGCGGUGCGGUUGUGUGCAGCCUGCUGCGUAGACCUGAGUUCUAUAAAGAAGGCGGGGAAGACGGGCGGAAGAGGCUUGGCUAUAACCACGGACACGAAUAUCGGCCAAUCACCCGCGAGGACGUCGAUAAGGUCAAGGCGCAGAUGAAUUCGCCGUAUAUCCUGCAACGGGCGAAGCUGUGAACGACGCCUUGGCCGCUCUCUACAGUAAUAACUAUGAACUGCUGCGCUUCUAAGGAGUUUUUUUUCCAGUGUCAGGUGUAAGAUAUGAAUUGUAGUCCCGAUCUUGAAACUUCUAUACGCAGUUGCAGAGCUUUAUUCACGAUUUCGCUUCUUCGCACCGUUGGUGGAAUAACCAAGACAUCCUAGGCCGGGGAAACAGAGCUUUCCGCAGCCACGGCGAUUGAAUGACUUGCUACAGGUUUCCACGGACGAGCGUCACCUUGUCUUUGGUUCCCAGUUCUGCGAAUAACUCGUGAGAGCACGAACACUCGGCACUGCCCUUAUCUCAUACAGUUUUCGACCUGCGUGGUGCUUCAAUGAUCGCUUGUUUAGGAAUGACAAUUAAUCCAAGAAAAGUCUUGCCACGCAUCGACUCUUUCCCAAUGCUCCCUAGGAUGCAUCUGGUGUCUGUUUACAAGCGAUUCUUAGCAAUGGGAUAAUCG